AUGACAAAAUUUGCCGAUUUAACCACUGGUCACAAAGGUAUCACUUUAUCUGAAGGUAACCAAAUUUUAAGAGACAUCAAAAAGGGUAAAUUAUUAAUCAUCGAUGACAACAACAACUUAGUCUCAAUGUUAUCUAGAACUGAUUUAAUGAAGAACGAAAACUACCCAUUAGCUUCUAAAUCUGCUACCACUAAACAAUUAUUAUGUGGUGCUGCUAUUGGUACCUUACCAACUGACAGAGAAAGAUUAUCUUUAUUAGUUGAAGCUGGUUUAGAUGUUGUUGUUAUUGACUCUUCUCAAGGUAACUCCAUCUUCCAAAUUGAAAUGUUAGAAUGGAUCAAGAAGACCUACCCAAACUUAGAAGUUAUUGCUGGAAACGUCGCUACUAGAGAACAAGCUGCUAACUUAAUUCAACAUGGUUGUGAUGGUUUAAGAAUCGGUAUGGGUACUGGUUCCAUCUGUAUCACCCAAGAAGUUAUGGCUUGUGGUAGACCACAAGCUUCUGCAGUUUACAACGUUUGUAAGUUUGCUGAAGAAUUCGGUGUCCCAUGUAUUGCUGAUGGUGGUAUUCAAAACAUUGGUCACAUCACCAAAGCUGUUGCAUUAGGUGCCUCUUGUGUUAUGAUGGGUGGUAUGCUUGCUGGUACUACCGAAUCCCCAGGUGAUUACUUCUACAGAGACGGUAAAAGAUUGAAGGUUUAUCGUGGUAUGGGUUCUAUUGAUGCUAUGCAAAAGACUGGUAAGAAAGGUAAUGCCUCCACUUCUAGAUACUUCUCUGAAUCCGACAAAGUCUUAGUUGCUCAAGGUGUAUCUGGUGCUGUGGUUGACAAAGGUUCUAUUAACAAGUUUUUACCAUACUUAUACAACGGUUUACAACACUCCUGCCAAGAUAUUGGUGUUAAAUCUCUUAUCGCUUUAAAAGAAGAAUCUGCUAAGGGUAACGUCAGAUUCGAAUACAGAACUGCCUCUGCACAAUUAGAAGGUGGUGUCCACGAUUUACAUUCCUAUGAAAAACGUUUACACAACUAA